AUGUUCUAUCCCCGUGUCCUUUUAUCCGCUGCUGCUAGAUCCGCACAACGUCCUUUGAUGACACGUAUGGCUGCACCUGCUGUAUUUUCUCGCCUCUAUGCUUCUCUUCCCAAGGACACCAUUGAAUCUCGUAUUCUUGAAAUUCUCAGAGGCUUCGAGAAGGUUGAUGCCAACAAGGUGACAGCUCAAUCCAACUUUAUCAAGGAUCUCGGCUUAGACAGCUUAGACACCGUUGAAGUAGUGAUGGCAAUUGAAGAAGAAUUCUCAGUCGAAAUCCCAGACGCCGAUGCUGAUGCCAUUCAAAGUGUUCAACAAGCUGUUGAAUACAUUUCCAAGCGUGAAGAUGCUAACUAA